UUUCGAAAACGCCCGUGCACACACACACACAGCUAAAAAAAAAGGUGGUGCAGCAAUUAUUAGACGCAGUGGGAGAGCUCCAAAAAAAGGAGAGUGCACUAGGGCAAAGCAAUCAGAAGAGCUCAAGACAUUUGGCGCUUAUAAUACGACAGUGUCCUCGCCAAUAUCGACCGAAUUUUCAGCCAAUCGAUCCCAGAAAUAACCUGCAGGUAUAUCGAACGUAGGCUGGUCGAUUGCUCAGCCUCUUUGUGCUUAACAAGGGGGACACAACGCAAUGAGGUGGCUCAAGGAAGGUAACGUCUUCAAGAUGCAAGUGAACGUGGCGCCAUUCGGAUCUACUGGUAUCAAGGUGUUUAUGACACGUGAGGGAGAUCUCAUCAUUCACGCCGGUCACGACGAGCAAAUGGAAGACGACGGAUACAUUAGCAGAAGAUUUGAAGGGCGUAUCGCGAUACCAAUGGGAUUGGAUAGUAAUAGCAUUCAGUCAUCCCUUUCGCCGGAUGGAAUAUUGUCAGUCACUGCAAAAGAAAAAGCCAGCCAUUACGAGAAAAUUAUUCCAGUUUUUCCAGCGAAUCCACAUCGUCACUUAUCCGACCAUCCGCGUGUUUCACCUGGUGGUCCCUAAUUUGCCUGUCGUCUUUCAAUUUUAUCUAGAGAUCUUUGUAGAACGUCAUUCAGCUAUUACACACAUUCAAAUUCGU